AUGUCCCGCGAGUACCAGCGGCGUUCCAAGUCCGCUACCGCCUUUCUCUACACAGGCCUGCACCCAGAAAGCGGUCCUCCGCAACUCAUCGAUACUCUCUCACCCUCGAGUCCAACGUUCAAGGUUGACCGCAUUGUAGACAAAAAAGGAGUCUCCAAGCCCUCCCUUGUGGUGGACGUAACAAAACUGGUGACAAAAGAACGAUUUACAGAGGCCAUACGCGAGCUCUCAAACAUGUUCCUUGACGCACUGUCCAAGCAUAAAGAUCGCUGCGAUGAGAGCAACCGGCGGAUGAAGCGGAUAGAAUCACAGGUAAAAAAGCUAAGUGACAGCAUGACAUCUCUUCAGAAGACGGUGGAUGAGCUCAAGCUUUCGCUAAAGGAGAUCCAGUCGGAACGCGCCGGAAUACCCAACAAAGCAAUAAAUCAGUUAAUUACCCACCCAGACCUCCAUGACCUGAAGGAGGGGCUGCUCCACUUACAAGACACCCUUUCGCGGACAAUAGAGGCAAACGAGACUCGGUUCAAAGACCUACAGACGGCCUGCGCAGACAACACAAAAGCCACCAAGAAGCUGUACCUGGAUAUGCUAUCUAGUGCUGGCACAGGACCAAAUGAAGCUAUUGCAUCCACGUUGGAGCAAGCAAAGAGGGCAACACAGGACAAAAUAGAGGUAGCAACACGGGAGCUGGAGGCACUUAGAGGUGAGAUUGCAGGCAUCAAGCGGAAGCAGAUCAAGAUGACCAACUCCAUAGAUGACCUCACGACAAACACUGAGCACGACGUGCUCAAGUUGCUCAAUGAUCAAGAGAUUUUACGCACUGAGGUUAAGCUGUUGGCUAAGGCGGUAGUGAAGCUGCAGACAGGAGAUAUUGCUGCCCAGGAAGGAUUGGCGAAAGACUUUGAGAACGUCCGCAGCGAUGUGUAUAGACGGGUGGACGACCUAGCUAUCAUUGUCCAGGAAGCACUAUCGAAGCUAUGUAGAUGA